AUGUCAGUGCAAAAAUGCUGUCCUCAAUCUUCAACAUCAACUACAUCCAGACCCUUAGGUAUUACAGGAUGUGGAUGUUUUGCAGUAUCAUCAUGUUCAUAUUUGGUAGAUACAUCUGGAAACAGAGCUGUUCCUGGAAUACCUACUAUGACAUGUCCAUAUGGCAUGUUGUAUUGCUGCCCACAAGCACAGCCCACCACAACAACGACAACAACAACAACUGCUGCUCCUACAACAACUACUCCUGCUCCUACAACAACUACUCCUGCGCCUACAACAACUACAACAACAACUGAGGCUCCCACAACAACCACAACAACUGAAGCUCCUACAACUACAACUACAACAACAGCUGCUCCUGCUACAUUCCCUCCAGGCUGUGGUUGUUUCAAUAUACCAUCUUGUAAUACCUUGCCUGAUGGAAGUGGUGUUAUUGAUUUCAGGAUUGUCACACCCCGAAACUUAUUCCAACAGCAAUGUCCACCUGGAACAAUAUAUUGUUGUUUAGCUAGCCCAUCUCCCCCAACUGAAGCUCCCACAACAACUACAACUGUGGCUCCAACAACAACGACGACCGUAGCUCCCACAACGACUACAACUGCGGCUCCCACAACGACUACAACUGUAGCUCCCACAACGACGACGACCGUAGCUCCCACAACGACUACAACUGUAGCUCCUACAACGACAACGACUACAACUGUUGCUCCCACAACGACAACGACUACAACUGUUGCUCCCACAACGACAACGACUACAACUGUUGCUCCCACAACGACAACGACUACCACAGCAGCUCCUACUACAACAACGACUACAACUGUAGCUCCAACAACGACUACGACUACAACUGCAGCUCCCACUACGACAACGACUACAACCGUAGCUCCCACAACUACUACGACCGUACCUCCCACAACGACCACAACUGUAGCUCCAACAACAACUACGACUGUAGCUCCCACAACCACGACAACUACGGUGGCCCCUACAACGACAACAAUGCCAUCUACUACACAAUCAGCAUGUGGCUGUUUUAAUGUUUCUGACUGCCAGGCGUUAACUGAUGGGAGAGGACAAAUCGACUUACGGAUUGUAACACCGGUAAAUUAUUACCUUAAUUUAAUUUUGAUUUUGAUCUUAAAAUCUGACGAGCCACUGUAUAUUUCAUGA